GUUCGUAGAUAAAAGCGAAAGCAAAAGCACACUCACUUGUUUUCCAUGACAAUUUUCCAAUGUCCGUGUGUCGGGUCGCGCAAAGACAAAGUUUCAACCGUAGCAGUCGGAUGGUUUGUGGAGCAGCCGUGGCGUGUGUUGUGAUCUAAUUUGUUCCCCAAAUUCUGGUGCUCGGUGGUCCACCGCUAGGCAGUGUGUGUGUGGCAGCAGAAACUGUGUCUUCCCCCGUCCACCGGAAGCUGGGGCUUCAAUCGACACGCGCAAAUACGCACCGACCGACCAGUCAGUGGUGAACGUUAGUAUCCUUUACAGUGAUAUAACACAACAGGUUUUUACGAUCAGACUACUGCAGACCCCAAACCUUCAACACCACUCCCGCAAGCAGUGAAAAGUGAAAAGCGUGUAUUAGUUUGUGUGUGUAUGUGUGUUCCAAUGUAUCCGUGUGCAUGUGUGUUGUCUUAGAGAGCGUAGAUUCCAGUGAAUGGCGGCGUUGAAACGUACGCGGAUGGUGGAAAUUCGUGCACAAAGGGAAAGCGCGUGAAAAGUAUGAAUGCGCGACAUUGACGCGGAUUCUCUUCAAAGGGAAGACCGUGAGCAAAGCAAAGCGGGAAGGGAAAAAGAAACAAAUAAAAGCGAAAACGUUAACUCCCUCCGGCCUUCCUCACGCCUUCACCCCCACUCCCCUCCUGCGAGUGCGCGCGUGGGUGCGUGCGAUCCAAAUCCGAGCGGCCGAACCCAAAGCCGACGACGAGGACACAACGGCGUGAAAUAACCGAACCUGUCUGUCUGUGCGUGUGUGCGUGUGUGUGUGUGAGAGAGAGAGUGUGUGCCUGUGGUUUUUCUUCUUUUCAGUAGCAAACGAAAGGCUGUUGCUGAAAGCGCCGACCAAACGUCUGCCUGCCAAACCUGGUUGCUGGUGAGACCGUAGCGCAUCCCGCCCGCCAACAACAGGAUGAAGUUUUCCAUCCCGAUGCCCGGCGGCGGUACCGGGCUGGCCCUCUUCUCCAAGCUCAUCCGCACGAAAGAUCUGCACAAGCUGCAGGAAGAGGACCCGAACAGUACAAAGCCCAAGCUAACCAAAUGUCUCACCACACUCGACCUUACCUCGCUGGGUGUGGGCUCCUGUUGCGGCACGGGCAUGUACCUGGUGGCCGGAAUGGUGGCGCGAAACAUCGCCGGACCGGGCGUAGUGCUUAGUUUUUUCAUCGCAGCCGUAGCUAGUAUAUUUUCAGGCGCCUGCUAUGCUGAGUUCGGUGUACGAGUGCCACACACGUCCGGAUCCGCGUACAUGUAUUCUUAUGUUUCCGUGGGGGAGUUUGUAGCGUUUGUCAUAGGAUGGAAUAUGAUAUUAGAAUAUUUAAUUGGUACGAGCGCGUGUGCCUGCGCCCUUAGCGCAAGCUUCGAUUCACUGUCGGGCGGCUUCAUAGGCAGAAGCAUAGCGGCCUCUGUGGGGACCAUAUUCGGGCGGCCACCGGAUUUCAUCGCGUUCGGCAUUACGCUCGUGAUGACGUUCAUUCUGGCGCUCGGCGCUAGCAAGUCGGUGCUCUUCAACAACGUCCUCAACACCGUGAACCUUGCAUCGUGGGUAUUUAUUCUAACCGCAGGCUUGUUUUACGUCGACACCAACACCUGGACCGAGCACGAGGGCUUCCUGCCGUUUGGCUGGAGCGGGGUAUUUACGGGGGCGGCCACCUGCUUCUACGCCUUCAUCGGGUUCGACAUCAUAGCAACGACCGGCGAGGAGGCGCACAAUCCCCAGAAAAGCAUCCCGAAAGCAAUCGUGGGCUCAUUGGUUAUCGUCCUCAUAGUGUACGUUACCAGCAGCUUCAUCCUGACACUAGUUGUUCCUUACGAUCACAUCGACUCGGGCUCGGCGUUAGUGCAGAUGUGGACCUACGUGGGGGCGCCCAAAUGCCGAGCAUUGGUAGCAAUCGGUGCCACGGCCGGGCUGAGUGUGGCGAUGUUCGGUUCCAUGUUUCCCAUGCCCCGCGUCAUCUACGCCAUGGCCCAGGACGGACUGGUGUUCCGUCAGCUUUCGCAGCUGUGGGCCAAAACGGGUGUGCCCGGAAUUGCUACGAUCGGCAGUGGUAUAGCCGCCUCCCUGGUGGCGCUUACCGUGCAGCUCGAGGUUCUCGUUGAGAUGAUGUCGAUCGGUACGCUGCUCGCUUACACGCUCGUAUCGACCUGUGUGCUGAUCCUGCGCUACCAGCCCCACAGUACCUCGCUGGUCGAUCUACUGCCUGCGCAGCUUCGUACACCGCAGCCGCCAAGCACCCCGGAUCCUAGCACGCAGCAAAGCGUCAAGGCUAAUGUGAUGAUAAAAAAGAUCACCCGUGGAUCGCCAGACUCCGACGAUAGCUAUGACGAGGAUAGUCCGGACGGCUACAUGGGCCGUGACGAUCAGUUCCUGGUGACCGACCGCACGGAGAACAAGUUUUACGGUGCAGUACACGGGGGUUCGCAAGGAAACACGGACACUUGUCCGAUAUGGAUAUGCGAUUACAUUGUAGGUCGAAUUCAGCGCUACUCUUACUUAUGUCCAGGAUUUUUCCCCUGGAUAAGACCCGGCCCGGCAACCCCCGAAACAGGAAUGUUCGUAACAAAGCUGGUCGGACUGAUGUAUGUGUGCAUCUUCCUGCUGGAUCUCUUCAUGGCCAUCGGGCUGACGGGAGCGUUCUACUCCUUAGCGUACACUGUCCUGGUGUUAAGUAUAAUUUGGAUUCUGCUUGUCAUUUCACGACAGCCCCAGAACCGAUAUGCACUAUCGUUCCUCACUCCUGGACUUCCAUUCAUUCCAACGAUCGCCAUUACGGUAAACAUCUACCUAAUAUUCAAGCUCAGCAUUCUCACCCUGGUACGGUUUACCGUCUGGAUGACGCUGGGGUUGAUCAUGUACUUCUACUACGGCAUCACGCAUAGCUCGCUCGAGAAUCCGAGCGAGGAGUUUGAGCUGACCGUCGACAACAACGGUUCGGCGGCACAGAAUCUCCAAAUAAAUGUUCCUUCCACCACCACCACCGCUAAGCCAAGCAAACGCCAACGCACCGAACCGACCGCCGUCUGGGACCGGCACGGUUACGAGAACCGCAUGGCCACAAACGACGACGGUGAGUACCAGUGGUCCGGGGCGAACCAGCAGCAGAACAACACGCACCCGUACAGUUGGAACACCAACGAUGCUUGGGGCGAUCGAACGAUCUACGAUCGUCCGCCACAGUCAGCCAACAUUUUCCAGCCGCCGCCUGCAACGACGACGUCCGAGGCGAAAAAGGAUGGUUUUGGCAUGUUCUACAAUGAGUCCGCCAGCUAUCCGACCUGGGACGACUAAGGCAGCCCAUGGCACAACCUUCGCAACCUUCCCACUGUACAUACAUGCACGCUGGAACCGUUCGAGGCACUCUGCUCUCCGGUGGACGCUGCUCUUCCCACUAUCCUCCUCCCAAGAAGUUGGAAAUCAACACGUCCGCCAUACGUUCCUCGGUUUGUUGCGUAUGCGUAUUUUUACUGUUAAGUUUUCGCGUUCCCGCAAUACUAUGGGGUGGUCGGUUCUUGACGAAAGGGAUGUAUUUCCUAUUUCCAUCCAUUACCAUUACGUGCUAUCUAUCGUGCUAUCUCUAGUGCACUAACCCAGUGUACAUCGUUAAGCUGUUUGAGCAAGUGAAGAAUGUGAUAAAUGCAAGGACAUUGCGGGAAGAAGGGCAACACAAAAUGAAAGCAUACAUACACAAACAGAUACUUACAACAUAUCCUUAAGUUAAGUUAGACUCAUUAGCAGGGAGCAGAGAGGAGAGGUUUUACUUAAGAGGACAGAGUCUUGAUUUCUCUCUCGGCAGCUAUGGACAAUCUUGGGAUGUACUAUUUUUUCGAUCACGUAACAUUAGGUUACCUGUUUUUAAAUUCUACCAUGUACUUGUUAGAGAUCCAUUUACUGUAGGUCUUUCAAUUAUAUUGUUCAUAGCUCGGUGGCGCAGCAUUUCGCAGCAGAUUUUACAGUUCAGUUGUGGCCGGAAGCAUACUUCAGUUACUUCAGUGGAAGGAAAAGAAAGUGAAAGAGGUGUUCACACUCUCAGCACACGCGUGCGACUGGGUUUCUUUUCGACGUAUUUAACAACAAAACAAAACACAAAUAUUUACGCGACGAUUUAAUACGCUACGAUCUUCAGCUAAAUCUACCUGAAUCUAGGAAUGGCAAUCAGACCGAACCGUGUGUAGUUUAGUGUAGUUAAAUAGUGGCGACGCUCCCCAAAACGAGCGGAUGCGUUCGAGCGCACUGUAAAAAAUGCACGCAAAACAACACACACUAACAUUACAUUACGACACCCAAAUUAUGACACCCACGUACAUUUCCUAUCAUCACGUGUCGCAUCGUGAAUGCAUCCAACCGAUAGAACAGAUGUGCGUGCAGUUCUGCAAAAACGCAGUGUAUCUUUCCUGGUAGUAUCGACUGGCCACCGAGUACUAAAGAGCGUUAACACAGUCUGGGGAGGAAGGCAGCAGGCAAAGUGAAAGGAUUUUAGAUAGAUAGCUAGCCCUUUGAGGAUUUAGUAUGAUGGCAAUGAAAGGGGAGGUGAUGCAAGCGGUCAGUGUAAGAAAAUAGGGACGGGGCCGAUGGUGUUCGCUUGAGCAAAUUCUAACAAUUAUACAUACUAGAAGAGAUUGUAAGAUAUGAACGUAUGUGCCAUGAGUAAAACUAAAGUGAAGCAGUGAUCAGUCACUGCUGAUCGGCAUUGGGCACAUAAAGCGAAGGGGAGAAACACCCCGAACAGCAGGGACACUCGUUGCACAUUUACGUUACGUUUAUGAAAAGAUGCAUUUAAAAGAAAAUUAUAUUGUUUCAGUUGUGUCAUAGCCGAUCGAGACUGUCCGCCGUGAUGUGGGAUUUAUCUGAUUCGUUAUCCGCACGUGGGGAGGGCCUUGCACCUCCCACAUACAGGAAUACACACGCUUAACAGCAGAUACUUGUAUGACUUGUUAAACAUUGCUUCCGUUUUCAUUUUGUAGUCAUUUGUUCAGUCGUUUAAAUACGCCCAUCGUUAAACCAUCUAAGCUUAUACGAGUGAAUGGAAAACGAUACUAUCGAUGAUGAUUGUUUUAAUUCCACUACCCUGAACCGUUUAACGCCACAUCACUAAACAUUCCAGUAACACACUUCAGCAAACAUGUUCAAAGCAGUGGUUCAUACACAUUAAAAUAAAUAUAAACAAAAUAGACAUUACGUACGCAUAAACAAGUGAGAAAUCAGUAUCUUUCAUCAAAUUAAGUGAUAUUUUACUGUUGAAGUUGUUGGUUGAGUAACAUAAUAAUUAUAACGAUAAUAUACACAUACUAUAUGAAUAUCAAGGAAAACAAACUGGUCGGGCACGAAAGCACGAAGGGAUCCAAAGGAUAAGCGAAUCGAUACCACUACUAUUACUAAUUGUGCAUUGUUAAGCUGUACAUUUUCGUUGUAAGUAAUUUUCCUCUCACUCACUAAAUGUAAAACGAUCAGCAGUAGCAGUAUUCAGUGACCGGCAGUACAAUCUCCCCUCUCACUCAGCGGCACUGUUCGUCGAUCGUUAAAACAUCAACAUAAACCACCGGGUAACGUCGGAAUGUGUGUUUGGUAGCAAAACACAAACGUUCGUACUUGAAGCCACUGAAAAUAUAUUCCAAACCAUUCGCCGUAUUGUGUAGUACAUUGGGCAGGGAGCAAAAGAGAGGACCGGGAACCUCCACACGAAUGUGCCCUCGAACCAAGGAACCAGCACCAUUAUCUCGUUUACUUGUACUUUCUUUUCCACUCUGAUUAAUCACAAUCACUUGCACAAUCAUUGUCAUUUGUACACUUUAUCAAAACUGUGACUGUAAUAUAUACCAAAAAAAAGGAAGAAAGAAGCGCAAAUUGAAAAUGCAUUUUCACGCAACUUAGUUGUUACCUUUUGCUAUUCAUGUAAAUGUGUUUCACAGAAAAAACCAGCAUCAAACAGUCACGCAGUUUCAAAUCGAUACAAAAGAGUUUUAACUUUUCUAAGUGUGAUAUUUACCUCUACACAUUACACAUAGAUUACCAGUUUACUAUGCAAUUUUCUCGUAAAUCACUUCGUAAAUCCAUCAACGGUCGACUUAACACCAGAUGCACACACCCAAGUAAUGCGCGUAGUCUUGCUGGUUCGAUACUGGUCCACAGUUACUAGAACAACCAAACCCAAAGGAUUUAAUGUACAAAUACAUGAUACAACUGGAAAGAACUCUUUCCGACCGUUUACGCUAGGGUAACCACUACCAAAGAAGCAGGACAGGCAAAUUAAUUACAGCAUACCGACGAACAAAUACCCAACACCAUAGAUCCAUAGAAUAGAGUCGCGAAAAGGGCGAUCCUUGCCUACAGCAGCAGUGUUAGGUGUACUUCAUGCGCAUAGAUGCGUCAAAAGAAGCUCCAGUUAUUACAUAAAUAUACACAUAAAGUAUAUAUAUAUAUACAUACUUAUACAUAUAUAGCUAGUACGUCUAUUUCAAUUUUUUCCCGAAGCGCGCUACCCACUCAAGCGCUCGUACUACCAGUGUACUUCUUUACGUGUGUAGCCAUUAAUGAAUAAAAAAACAUAUUUAAGAGAGAAAACAAACAUCAUUUAAAGAAACAAACAACAACGUUACGGAAGACAUGUUGAAAAUUGAGAAAACUUGUUAAAUUCACUGCUCCAAGGAAUUCGUUAUGUGGCGUCAGGAUCACCGCUAUCCCGAAAGAUACGAAACACUCUAAUGCGCAAAUAUAAUUAAGUUAAACAGUGUAGCACUUGGAAGAGACAGAUACACUAUACAUACAUGUUUGUUGAGUUAUCUUAGUGUAAACAGUCACAUAAGCAGAUGAAUGCUUGUAGCAUCACUGUGUAAACAUUAUACAUAUACAUAUUGCCGAACAACGCAGAUUAAUCUACUCUUUAAACUAAGGACAUCCUUGCUAAAUUACUGCAAAGUGCUCGGACUUUGAAUGCCGUUGGUUUGGAGGGGGAGAAAAUGAAAUAUUGCCGAAACCUAUGAGACAAAAGAAGAAAGCAACUAAGAGUAAAUAAACUAAUUUAAAGAGUAAAACAUGAGAGAAAACAUAAAAUGCAAUAAAAUUAAAAGAGCAAA